AUGAAUGUUAAUAAAAGCUUCUGGUUGUGGGUCAAAAGCUUCUUAUCUGGUAGAACUCAACAGGUCAAGAUAAAUCAAACACUUUCAUCGAUCGAGGGUUGCCCAGCUGGAGUACCACAAGGAUCUGCUCCUUCGCCGACUUUAUUUAAUAUCCACAUUGACGACUUAGAUACGAGUGUUCCUGAAGAUCUUGAGGUGAGCACAUAUAAAUAUGCCGAUGACUGCACACAAAGCGAAUGCAUUAUGAAGGGAGAGUGUAGCAACAUGCAGAAACUCUUAGACUCCGUUCAGAACUGGUCAAACGCUAAUAGAAUGAAGUUGAACGCAAAGGAAACGAAAGAUAUGUGGAUUUGCUUUGGGAAAUCUAUCUCACAGCCUACCAAUCUUUAUAUCGGGGAUGUUAUGAUCGAAAGAGUUAAUUCAUUCCAGUUACUUGGUGUUAGCUGUCAAAGUAACAUGAAAUGGAAUUCUCACAUCAAAGAAAUUACUCGUAAGGGAAACAGGAGACUGUGUCAUUUAAGGCAGUGCAGGAAGGCUCACCUUCCUACUGAAGUAGGAUUGGCAACUUACUGCACCAAAAUUCGUCCACUGCUUGAAUAUGCCGCACCAGUUUGGGGUGGCCUACCUCACUAUUUAGUAAACAACCUUGAGCGUAUUCAAAGGAGAAGCUUACGUAUUAUUGGUUUACCGGUUGAUACACUUCCCCCGCUUAGUCAGAGAAGAGAUAAGCUAACUCUUCGAGAAAUGGAGGCAAUUACUCGGGACGUAAACCAUCCCUGUCACCACCUUGUCCCUAUCGCACAGAAGCAUGACUAUUCCACUAGAAUUAAAGAAAGAGGUUCUAAUGUAGGUCGCAUUAUUUCCAGAACCGAAAGACAUAAAUCAUUGUUUAUGCCUCGUGCAGUUAAACUUUUUAAUAAUAAACUUUAA